CACUUUUUGAUUAUAAUGGCAAUUAGACAGCUGAAUUUACUGUUAAUUUUAUACGUUGUUAGGUUACAACAUUUACGUUACCAUCAUCAACUUCAUGUUUAACUAAUUAUGAUUACGAUUCAAUUAUAAUCAACUAAUUUUUUUGACGAAAAAAGUUAAUAUCUUAAUUUUUCUACUUACAGUUCUGUAAUUUAAUUAUUCUAAUCAUUUGGUUGGACCUCAGAUAAACUUCAAUCUAAAAGUAAACAGAAAUCAAAAUGUUAAAGAAAUCAAUCAUUUUCAAAAUUAAGGAAUGAAUCAAGACAAGGAAUCAAUUAAAUCGACAAUAAAAUCCAAUGAAAUGCAAUCAUCACAAUCAACUAAUCACAAUGGAAACAAUUUCUCUACAACUUUUCAAUCAUUUGACAAUAUUUCUGAUUUGGACAAUUUAAAUGUUCCCAAAUUGCGAUGGGUCAUAAUUAUGUUAUCUCAUUUGGCACUACUUUCGGUGACCGUUGUCGCGUCCAGUUUAAGCUUGACCAUUGUCGCCAUGAAUCGGAACGAGAUGAUAACCCUUGAGGAGAUAAACGAGUGUUUGAUAAUUUGUAACGGUACUUUUGUGACAAUAGUUCCCCCCGAAGUAAUUGACAAUGGACUUUAUGUGACCUGGAGUGAAACGGAAAAAGAUUACAUGCUUCAAGCGCUUUUCUGGGGAGCGUCCAUUUUUUCCCCGGUGGGUGGACGAAUAGGUGAAAUUCUCGGCCCUCGGUGGACAGUUUCAACUUGCCUGAUGUUAAUUGCUCUUCUUAAUUUACUUUAUCCAAUGGCUGCAUUAACUAAUUACUGGAUUGCUUAUGGUGUCCGAGUUGUUCAGGGAAUGGGUCAAGGUAUUAUUAUCCCUUCACUGGUGAUAAUUAUCACCCGAUGGUCAACUGACCACGAGAAAACACUCAGCAAUUCACUUGUCCAAGGAGGUAUUGCCAUGGGCAAUAUGAUUGUCCAUCCCUUUGUUGGUCUACUAAUUUCAAGUCAAUCAACUAAUCAUUGGCCAAGUGUUUUCUACUAUAUCAGUUUAUUCAAUUUGUUUAUCUUCACUCUAUGGUGUUUAAUUGUCUUUGAUUAUCCGGAGACUCAUCCUUACCUUAGUCAACAAGAGUUGCAAUUAAUUAUUUCCAAUCGAUCACUCAAAUCAGGAGUAAUGAAAUCAAUUCCAUGGGGUCGCAUGUUGACCUCACCGCCCGUUUUGGCCUAUCUUGUGGUCGCGUUCACCUAUGGGUGGAUAAUUAACUUGAUUUCAACGCAAAUCCCUUCGUUUUAUAAACAAGUGUUGAAUUUAAGUUUUGAAGCGAAUGGUUUGGUCAAUGCAUUACCUUGGAUAAUAUCAUUUAUCAUCUCGCUGACCGCAAGUUACAUCACUGAUUAUAUUAAUCAAAAUAGUUCGAUAUCAUUAACUAGAUUGAGAAAAAUUUCAGCAGCUUUGGGUAAGAUGAUUAACUUAAUUGUUGUAAUUGUUGUAAUGAUUGUCUUUUUUUCUCGAUCAACAGGAUUAGGAUUUGGAUCAAUUGGACUUGUUUCCAUUACUUUAGGCGAUUGGAGUGAUCUAGUCAUCGUUAUAUUGGUGACACUCUCGAAAGGUUUGGCUACUCUUACUGUCGCUGGACCAGGAACAUCUCAACUGGACAUUAGUCCAAGUUAUGCCGGAACUUUGGCUGGACUUGCUAAUUUGUGUUACAAUUUAUCGGCUUUGGCGAUGAAUCAGUCAAUUGUUACAAUUAUCGGUGAUUAUCCUGAUAGAUUUAAAUGGUUUCACUUUUUCCAUGUUACUUGUGGACUUAAUUUAAUUGGAUUAACCUUAUUCUGUCUCAUGGGAUCUGCUAAAGUUCAACCAUGGGAUCCAUCGUAUGACCAAAGUCCAGUUAAUUUCAGAACACCAUUAAAUACUCAAUUUAUUAUCAACAACAAUCAAGCCAACACCUUUAAUCAAAUCAAUGUGAAAAUGACCGGAUCCCGUUUAAGUUUACCUCGAAAUAGUGUCGCCUCCAUUAAAUCAACAAUCAAAAAUGUCGCUCGAUUCCGUUGGUUGAUUUUCGCCGUUGGAAAUUUGGCCAAUUUUGCUAAUUCUGUGAUAGGAAUUAGUUUAAGUUUAACUAUUGUAGCCAUGAUUAAACACAAGGUCGAAGGUGGCCAAGGUCAUUCAGGACUGGAAAAUAUAACAACACUGACCAACGAAAAUAGUUCAGAUGUAAGUAUGAAGCCAAUACCGACCUUAUAUUCAAGCUUAUGGUUCACACCUUCACCCGACGAUGAUAAUUUUUAUGUCAACUGGUCAAACACGGAUAAAGCUCGGAUGCUUCAAGCCUCGUUUUGGGGAGUUCUGGUCAUUUCACCUUUUGGUGGUCGACUUUGUGAACUUUUUGGUCCUCGAAGGAUCUUGACAAUUGCACUAAUGUUCACUGGUAUAAGUAACCUUUUCUUUCCCGUGGUGGCAAGAAAAUCAUAUUACGCCGCUUACCUUUUACGAAUAUUCCAAGGAAUGGUCAACAGUGUUAAUGGUCCAUCGACUAAUGUUGUCGUUACUCGUUGGUCAACAUCAGGUGAACGAACACUUUCCAAUGCAGUGGUUAAUUCGGGCGGAGCGUUGGGCUGUCUGGUUGGUCUUCCAUUGGCUGGUCUUCUGGUAUCUGGAACUUUUCUCGGCGGUUGGCCUUCGGUCUUUUAUAUUUUGGGUUCUCUCAAUAUAAUUGUCUCCAUUAUCUGGUACUUUAUUAUGUACGACACACCUGAAGAACAUCCUUACCUUAGUCCAGAAGAACUGGAGGAGAUUCUAUCCAAACGAUCACUUAAAUCGGGCGAAGUGGUCCAAGUUCCAUGGCGUAAAAUGUUCACGUCUCUUCCUGUCUACGGCUAUUUGGUUCCAACAUUCACCUACGGUUGGAUUGUGGCUGUUGUCGCUUCUCAGAUUCCAUCAUUUUAUGAAGAGGUUUUGGGAUUUUCUCAUGAAGCGAAUGGUUUUAUGGCGAGUCUUCCGUGGUUGAUGUCGAUGGGAAGUUCACUUAUUGCAAGUUCCAUUGUCGAUAAGGUUCGUGCUACCAAGCGAUUCUCUUUGACAAUAAUUCGUAAAGUAGUUACGCUCCUCUCUCUUGGUUGUGUCUCAGUUGGUUUAAUUGCAAUCACAAUAUUGGGUAACCACCGAAUAGCUGUUGUAUUGACUCUCGGUCUUUCCAAGGGAAUGGCGACUGCAAAUGUCGCUGGUUCGGGUUCUACUCAUCUCGAUACUGCACCGACAUUUUCCGGAACUUUAGCUGGAUUCUCUUCCAUGGUCUCAAGUAUCGCAUCGUUGGCUGCUAACGAAGGUGUAGCUCGAAUUGUUGGAAACGAACCCACGGCGGCCAAUUGGUAUCGAUUCUUUUACAUUUCAGCAGCGAUAAACGCUUUCGGUAUCAUCUUUUCUUUCUUUGGUUCGGGAGAAACUCAAGAUUGGGAUCCAUCAUCAGCUCGAAGACAAAGUGUCAAAUCGGUGAUUAGUGAUAAACAUAAAUCCAGUAUUAGAUCAGAAAUUGGCUCUCAAUUUCAUCAACAACAAUCAACUAUCUCUGAUACGAUCGAGCCACAAUUAACCAACCAUCCGAACAUCACCAAUGAACCGAAUAACAAUCAAGAAUGAUUGUUAUUAUUGUUAAGAUAUUCUAAUCAUUGUGAAUCAAUUAAUCAAUCAAUUGGUUUAUUUGUACAUCUUCUCUUGGAAAUAAAGUUGCAAAUUAAAAUUAACUUGAUUGUAAUUAAUGA